AUGAGUAUCUUAUAAACAGAUUCAGAGAAAAUAUCUUGCAAAGCACAUAACAAUGAGUAUUGUGUUGCAGCAGAUUUAAACACAAAAGGAUAAAGGGAUGUCAAUUUUUUAUGCAUUAAGUGUAUAAUUGAAUAGUUAUCAAAUAAAAAAAUAACUUUAAUCGAUGACACUAAGAGAUUAAUUUGUCAAAUGAAGACCUAAAAGAUUGAAAAUUAGUAAAAAAAGAACGAAAAAAGACGCGAGAUAUUUAAGAAUUUUUUAUCAUAAAUCAAAGAAUUUAAACUAACUGUUGAUGUGGCAUUUGAUAAAAUGACCAGUUUUAUACAAUAUAGGUUUUUUUAUAUUCAGAAGGAAAUUGAAUCACUACAAUAUGAAGGGAAAAACAAUUACUUAGAAGAUUUGACAGAAUAAUCAAGAAUUUAUUCUGAGUAAAGGUUUGAUAAUGGGAUCAAAAUAUAAGAAGAUAAUAAAAUCAUAGAAGAAAUUGAAAAAUAAUUUGAAACACUUUUUAACACUCCUCAAUAUUUAUAAUUAAAUCAAACAAUUAAAAAUACAAGAUCUCUUUUAUAANUACAAAUAAUUUGA